CGAGCAGCCGCGCGCCCGGACCGGCAGCCCACCCUGCAGGGAGCGACCAUGUCGCCAUUUCUUCGAAUUGGUUUGUCCAACUUCGACUGUGGGUCCUGCCAGCCGUGUCAGGGAGAGGCCGUUAACCCUUACUGUGCUGUGCUUGUCAAAGAAUAUGUUGAAUCAGAGAAUGGGCAAAUGUAUGUCCAGAAGAAGCCAACUAUGUACCCUCCCUGGGACAGCACUUUUGAUGCCCAUAUCAACAAGGGGAGAGUAAUGCAGAUCAUCGUGAAGGGCAAAAAUGUGGACCUAAUAUCCGAAACUACCGUUGAACUCUACUCGCUGGCCGAGAGAUGCAGGAAGAACAAUGGGAAGACGGAGAUAUGGUUAGAGCUGAAACCUCAAGGCCGAAUGCUAAUGAACGCAAGAUACUUUCUGGAAAUGAGUGACACAAAGGACAUGAGUGAAUUUGAGAAUGAAGGUUUCUUUGCCUUGCAUCACCGCCGAGGAGCCAUCAAACAGGCUAAGGUGCACCACGUCAAGUGCCAUGAGUUCACCGCCACCUUCUUCCCACAACCCACGUUUUGCUCUGUCUGCCAUGAGUUUGUCUGGGGUCUGAACAAACAGGGCUACCAGUGUCGACAAUGUAACGCGGCAAUUCACAAGAAGUGUAUCGAUAAAGUUAUAGCAAAGUGCACAGGAUCAGCUAUCAACAGCCGAGAAACAAUGUUCCACAAGGAGAGGUUCAAAAUUGACAUGCCGCACAGAUUUAAAGUCUACAAUUACAAGAGCCCCACCUUCUGUGAACACUGUGGGACCCUGCUGUGGGGCCUGGCGAGGCAAGGCCUCAAGUGUGACGCAUGUGGCAUGAAUGUACAUCACAGAUGCCAGACAAAGGUGGCCAACCUUUGUGGCAUCAACCAGAAGCUAAUGGCUGAAGCCCUGGCGAUGAUCGAGAGCACUCAACAGGCUCGCUGCUUAAGAGAUUCCGAACACAUCUGCAGAGAAGGUCCAGUUGAAAUUGGUCUCCCCUGCUCCAUAAAGGGUGAAGCAAAGCUGCCACAUGUACCAGCACUGGGGAAAAGAGAGCCUCAGGGAAUCUCCUGGGAGUCUCCCUUGGAUGAGGUAGAGAAAAUGUGCCAUCAUCCAGAACCUGAACUGAAGGUAGAAAGACCAUCUCUACAUAUGAAAUUAAAAAUCGAGGAUUUUAUCUUGCACAAAAUGUUGGGGAAAGGAAGUUUUGGCAAGGUCUUUCUAGCAGAGUUCAAGAAAACCAAUCAAUUUUUUGCAAUAAAAGCCUUAAAGAAAGACGUAGUUUUGAUGGAUGAUGACGUUGAGUGUACGAUGGUAGAGAAGAGAGUCCUCUCCUUGGCCUGGGAGCAUCCGUUCUUAACGCACAUGUUCUGUACAUUCCAGACCAAGGAAAACCUCUUUUUUGUGAUGGAGUAUCUCAACGGAGGAGACUUAAUGUACCACAUUCAGAGCUGUCACAAGUUCGAUCUUUCCAGAGCAACGUUUUAUGCUGCUGAAAUCAUUCUCGGGCUGCAGUUCCUCCAUUCUAAAGGCAUUGUCUACAGGGACCUGAAGCUAGAUAACAUCCUGUUAGACAAAGAUGGACAUAUCAAAAUCGCGGACUUUGGAAUGUGCAAGGAGAACAUGUUAGGAGAUGCCAAGACCAACACUUUCUGCGGAACCCCUGACUACAUCGCCCCGGAGAUCUUGCUGGGUCAGAAAUACAACCAUUCUGUUGACUGGUGGUCCUUUGGAGUUCUCCUCUAUGAAAUGCUGAUCGGUCAGUCACCAUUCCACGGGCAAGAUGAAGAAGAGCUCUUCCACUCCAUCCGCAUGGACAAUCCCUUUUACCCACGAUGGCUUGAGAAGGAGGCCAAGGACCUUUUAGUGAAGCUCUUCGUGAGAGAGCCUGAAAAGAGGCUGGGAGUGAGAGGAGACAUCCGCCAGCACCCUUUGUUUCGGGAGAUCAACUGGGAAGAGCUUGAAAGAAAGGAGAUUGACCCACCGUUCAGGCCUAAAGUGAAAUCACCGUAUGACUGCAGCAACUUUGACAAAGAAUUCCUAAAUGAGAAACCCCGGCUGUCGUUCGCCGACAGGGCCCUCAUCAACAGUAUGGACCAGAACAUGUUCAGAAACUUUUCCUUCAUUAACCCGGGGAUGGAGAAGCUGAUAUCCUCCAGACACGCGAAGGAAGUUGCCUUCUCCCCGUGAACUGGUUCAAGGGACGCUCCUUGGGUUCCUUUUCAACUUGGAAAAGAAAAGAAACACUCAACGGUAAAGGCUGAGUCCUUUCAGCUCCUCACUGACUUUGUAGCAGAAAUCAAUCUACUUCACUAAUGAUGACGCCCUCCGGUUUCUCUCCUGUCAUCUUUCACAGCCACUCCUGAAGUUAGGUCCUUACUAACCACAGUUAUUUACUUGAAAGAUGGUUCUCUGCACAGUGAAGAUUAGGAGACUUAAUCCUGCUCUAAAUUACAGUUCUUCACUGGGGCACCAACUGCAGGUCAAUGAAAUACUUGAUGACCCAAGGAGAAGAGUGAGUACAGACUUCUCAAGACGGAAGCAGCACGUCGCCUGGUGCAGUAGUGGAUUUCGUUCAGCCACAGACGAGUGACCACUAACCCAUUUUAUUCUGUUCACAUCUGUGGAAGGGUAAAUGGUGGUGGGGAAAGCCCUGAGUAGGUUUUUAUGGGAAUUCUUCACAAUAAACAUAGCUUGUAACUUGAGAUUUUCAAAUCCGUUCAUUCUGAUUACCCAUGAAAUUCAUGGGAAAGAGGAAAGUGGGAAGAGCUCACGUCACUGACAUGGCAGCUUUGAUACAACGACUACUCUGGUUCUCUUGUCAACGUAGAUAAUAAAUUUAGAAUCCAACAGAUAGAAUCAUUUUACUCCUGCCAAUAAAACCUUUCCAUCUAUCCAUUCUCAGUUGAUUUCAGUAUCAGGGGCAGUCACUCAUUACCAGCCUCACAUUAUAACAAGAAAAGAAAUGAAGUGCAUAGUUCUUCUAGGAGAAAAGAAAACCAAUCCCUUAUUAGACCAUUACUGAUGAUUCGAUGACUCGUAAGUCCCUCUGUAGGCAUCAUUCAAGACAAAAGACCCAUGCACGCUACUUGUAGCAGUCAAUCUUGUUGAAUUAGAAUUCUAGCUAUACAUUUUUUGGUAUCUGUGCUGUUUGUAUAUUUUGAUAAAAUGUUGUGACUUAAUGACACAAAGGUGGAUAUGUAAAAAUGGAAUGAAAGA